CUACGAUUUAGCGCCAUAAAUUUGGUAUCGCCUGGUAUCGCCUAAAAUCAUAGCGUUGGGUAUCUCACUAUUUAUUUCUGAUUGGACGCUGAUAAUUAAUAUUGUAUAAUUAUUUAUUAUUUUGGUUUCAUUGAUUAAUAGUUAAUUGAAUAAUAACGUUAUAAUUUUUACAUAAAUUCUACUUAAUGGUAAUUUAAUAAUUCUGAAAAUGUCUGACGAAGAAGUUAUACGUCGCAGAUUGCUUAUUGAUGGUGAUGGUACUGGAGAUGAUCGAAGAAUAAAUGUACUAUUGAAAUCAUUCAUCAAAUGGGUCAAUAGUCCAAAAAUAGAUAACGUGUUGCAUGAAAAAAUGUUAUCACAACUUGCACAGUGUGAAUUUGCACAAAAGAAAUCCAGAUUAGUUUCCAAUAUGAGUGAGGAAGAAUUAAAGAACUAUGAGAAGAUGUCGAAAGAAAUUGAGAUUGAAAUUGAGGAUGCUAAGAAAGAUAUAGAACAAACUAAAGUGGAAUUACAAGAGGCAAAACAAGUUCGUAAGAAUAGAAUAGAAUACGAUGUACUAGCAAAAGUUAUCAACGAGCAGCCUGAUAGACAGGAAACUGAUCUGAAACUAGCAACACUACGCAAAGAACUUGGUACAUUAAAGGAAAAAUCAGAACAACUGGAACAUAAGCUAGAAAUGAGGAGAAAACAAUUCCAUGUAUUAAUAUCAUCAAUUCACUCGUUACAAGGAAUGUUAGACGAAUCGGACGAAGAAAUAAUGGAUGUGAGCCUUGAGAAUUAUGAAGAUGUUGAUGUAUCAAUGUCUCCUAAAGCUGUUACAUGAAUGAAAGUAUUGUUUACUGCUGCUAUGAAAACUGGUUUUUAUAAUGCUUAUUUAAAUGCAAUGUACAACUUUGAUAAUAAAUUAUAUUAAAAAUCAUCUUCCAAA